GUCAUUUCAAGAAAGCCUUUGGAGGCCUCCAGGCUCCAUGCUUAAGCACACAGAGCUUCUUGUUGUACCAUUCAAGAAAUUUCAGCCUUCAAGAAGGAAACUUGAUAUAAAGAAAACCGGAAAACAUGACUCAAGAUUCAGAGAAGAGGUUCGAUUCGAUCAUGGACAAGCUCUUCCACGCUCCCAAAUCGUUACCACCCAACUCCUCCAGUUCGUCUGGGGCUCAAUUGUCGAGAGGCAGAAAGCGUCCAAACACAUCAUCGGCGUUGGCGCUAAUGGAACCUAAAACGAAGCAGCAUUUAUCAGGUUCUGCUGGGACGUCGGAUGCUCCGCUGUGCAGGCCUUGGGACCGUGGAGACCUUAUGAGGAGAUUAGCUACUUUUAAGUCUAUGACAUGGUUUGCGAAACCCAAGGUAGUCAGUGCUGUGAAUUGUGCUAGGAGAGGCUGGGUCAAUGUAGACAUGGAUAUCAUAGCCUGUGAAGCAUGUGGGGCACGACUUCUCUUUUCUACUCCAUCAUCUUGGACUCAGCAGCAAGUUGAGAAGGCAGCCUUGGUAUUUAGCUUAAAGCUAGAUAACGGACACAAAUUACUCUGCCCAUGGAUUGACAAUGCUUGUGAUGAAGCACUCACACGGUUUCCACCUACAACACCUCCAAUUUUAGUCGAUAAAUUUAGAGAACGUUGCUCUGCACUCUCACAACUUUUGGCUCUUCCUGUAAUAUCGUCUUCAACCAUUGAAUGCAUGAGAAGCCCUCAGCUUGAGCAAUUUCUUGAACAAUCUUCAAUGCUAGAAUAUGGUGAUGGAUCUGCAAACAAUUCUCGACAAGAAUAUCGUGGUAGUGAAAGUGAUGCAGAUUCCGCUAAUUUGUAUUAUCAGGCACAAAAGCUCAUAAGUUUAUGUGGCUGGGAACCUCGUUCACUACCUUAUUCAGUCAAUUCCAUGGAUGGACCUGAUCAGUCUGCUAAAAAUGCCAAUGCAUUAAGUUCAUCUUAUUUAGUUGCUAAUAGACAGAACCCCAGCAUCAAUCUCGAGCCUGCUAGUAUGAAGCAAAUUAGGGAGGCAGAUGAAAAUUCCAAUAUUUCUACUGGAAGACAAUCUGAUCCAAAUUCUGUUGUUUUAGAUUGCAAGCUUUGUGGAGCUAGUGUUGGAUUAUGGGCUUUCCCUACAGUUCCACGACCUAUGGAAUUAUUCAGAUUAGUUGGUUAUGCAGAAGUCAAUAAUGAAAAUGAUUCUGGAACCCAUGAUUUAGGGAACGUGAAUCGUCUUGAUGAUAGAGCAGGUGUUGUGAGUACUUCAUCAAAUGGUGUAACAUCAUCAAAGGACAGACCAACAAAUUUCAAUUUGACUAUUGCUGGGGGUCCUCCACCUACAAGACAGAAUUUUAAAGCAACAAUUUCUUUGCCUGUUAUUGGCCAGAAUUUAAGGGCUCGGUUUUCUUAUGAUUCUGAAUUUAGAGAUCGUAUAUAUGUUAACCAAGAGGAUGUUCAAACUGAUUUUCAGAAUAAUAGUUUGCUUCUGGAGAAAAAUGACCACGCCCAGAACACCCAAGGAACACCUGAAGUUGGUGUGCGCAAUUCUAUUGAGGGGAGUCCGAUUGAGAGCACACAAAAUGUAGUACAGAGUUCCUGUCAGAAUGGUAAAAUGCCUGAAAAUAUAGAAAAUGUUAUACCAGAUACUUCAGCAGCAAAGGAUCCUGGUAGUUCUCAGGUUAGAGACCCUACUACUGUAGCACCAGAUGCCAAUACGACAAUUAGAAACUGUGAAAGUAGCAAAGAUGACUUGCCAGUGAUGGUUGCAUCUGGCAAUUGCAGUUUCGAACAGAUUUCAGGAAUAGAUGUAGCACAAAACAAAGCAAUUUCUUUAGCUACUAAUUGCAUGCCGAUUCCUGAAAACAGUGAAUUUGUGACCUGCAGUACAGGAAAGGAUCUGAAGAAAGUUGAGUCAGACAAAGCAAUGGGGUUUGACCCAAUCAGGCAACACAGACAUUUUUGCCCCUGGAUUACGUCAACAGGAAAUGGGGCAACUGGUUGGCAACAAACACUGUCUGCUUUACUACGUCAGAAAGGGUUUUCUCCUUCACCUUGGAACUCUCCAUCUGCCAACAUAAUUAAGGUGGAUGAUCCCAUUACUUCAGUUAGGAGGCUUUUCAUGUCUCAAUCAGCAAAAAGAAUGAAGACGACUCCUCUACCAAACGCUAGCACCAAGCAUUAGCCAGCUGAUUUUGCUGUGCAUCGAUGGAACCAUCCAAAGCGUCUGAUAUUUGAUCUCCUACCAUUUUUAUUUGGUAGAUUUCUUAUGAGCUUCAAGAUAAUGCAUUUUCUCUUGGCAUGCGAUCCAUUUGAAAACUUCUGAAAAUGUUGUAUUUGCUAGUUUACGGCGAAAGUAGUGCUUGAGAAUCUAACAGCUUGUACCUUAUUGAGGCAACUUACAAUAAUCAGAAAGAGUGUAUUAAAGGGUGUUU